AUGCCGCUGGAAGUGCUUUCCGCGCCUUCAAAUCCUGUCGUGUGCCAUCCCGGUGAACACCUGGAGCUUUGUUGGCAGCUGCGUUUCCCGACGUCGCUGGCCGCCGGGGCACAGCUGCAACUCCGUGAGAGUCGGGAGGUCGUUGGGGUCAUCCAAGAUGCAGUUCCUGCAGGUUGCUGUGUCGACCUGGGGAUGCAUUUGCAGGCUCCACAACACCUAGCGACAUGUGUGCAAGACUUUGUGCUGAGCUCUGUGGGCGAGAUCUUGGGCGAUCUCAGCAUCUGUUUGUCCAUCAGGACUGCCGAAGCGAAGGAAUUGAAGACACUUUGUCCCGAAGCAAAUCCUCUGGGGAUCAUUCCUGGAAACCACACAAGGAGGAUUUACUUUGGCAAGGCUCAGACCAAUGAGAGUGUGACGAGCAACGACAGCAUCAAACCAGUAGAGGUUGUCAUUGAAAGGUCGCAUGAUGAGUGGGAACUUCUUGAUCGCCCGCAGCUGGCACCACAGCUGCCACAGCCUCUCAAGGAGCGUUUUGGCGCACCUGAAGAGGCUUCAUUGCGUUUCUGGGUCAAUGGUGAAGAGAAGGUGGUGACUUCCGGGCAAUUCCCCGUGACGACGAGCCUGGCGGAAUAUCUGCGAUAUCACUUGGGUCUCACCGGCACCAAAAUCGGCUGCGGAGAGGGUGGUUGCGGCGCCUGCACUGUGCUGCUCCAUGCUCCUGCGGAUACUAUGCUCCUGGCUCCCAAUCCAUGCAUGGCCAACGCUUGCCUUCGACCCCUGCACUCGAUGAACGGCUGGGAGGUGACCACCAUCGAAAAAGUUGGAACUCCAAAAGCUCCACAUCCGAUCCAAUCGGCUUUUGUGAAGCACAGUGCCAGCCAAUGUGGCAUGUGCACGCCUGGCAUGGUUAUGUCGAUUUAUGGCCACCUUGCGAAAGGUGGCUCAAAGGAUCCACAGGAUUUACAAGGCUGCAUUCAAGGCAAUCUGUGUCGCUGCACUGGCUAUCGCCCCAUCCAUGAUGCCAUGCGAGAGACCCUCAAGGUGAGCUGCGAUGUCAAGGUCCGCCUUCAGCCGGCAGUUCCUUUGGCAAUGCAUCGCGAUGGACAGACGUGGUUUGACUGCGCCAAUCUGACCGAUGUCUUCCAUGUCCUUAGCGAGUACUCAACUGUACCCCACCGGCUGGUCGUUGGCAACACGAGCACUGGAGUGGUGAAGUACUAUCCAUUUCAUCGCAAUGAUGAGCCCACGGUGUUUAUCAAUUUGCAGCAAGUGCCAGAACUUCACGAAAUCAAACGUGGAGACGGCAAUGCCCUCACACUUGGUGCUGCUUGCACUUUGAGUACUUUGAUCGAGGAACUCGAGGCGUUUGCCAAAGAGCAUGGCCAACUCACAGCCGUGGUGAAGCACCUAAAAUUGGUCGCACACCCGCAGGUGAGAGACGUUGGAAGUUGGGCCGGCAAUGUGAUGAUCGCAAAGACCCAUCCAGACUUCCCCAGCGACAUUUGCUUGCUGCUGAGCACCCUGAAUGCAAAGCUCACCCUCAUGAAUGCCAAGAGAAAGACUGAGGUGGUGGACAUCAUCUCCUUCUUGUCUGAUGCGAAAUUGCCCCGCAAUGACGAAGCGCAGAUCAUCCACAGUGUCACCAUCCCCUUCCCAAGCCCCAACAGCUUCCUGGACACCUUCAAGGUGAUGCGACGACACAUGAACACACAUGCUGAAGUCAACGCCGGAUUUCUCUUCGACUUCAAGGACAAGGACGGCGUGGAGAUCACCAGUGCGAGGUUGGUGGUUGGGAAUAUCGAACGCAAGCCAUUCGUGGCUGCUGAUACAUGCAAGGCAUUGAUUGGCAAAAGCCUCGAUUCCACCAGCAUUUCUGCAGCUAUGAAGACCUUGGCCAUUGAGCUGAAGGCACAUCUUCAAGAACCCUCUGUACCAGAACCACCCUUCGUCGUGGUGGAUCCGCAGUAUCGUUUGAAUUUGGCGCCUCAGCUCUUCGCCAAGGCGGCGCUGCGCGCGCGCCUGGCGCGGCUGGGCCCCAGCGCACUGAGCCCGGCGGAGCUGUCCGCCGCGGAGGAGACGCAACGCCCCGCCAGUGGCGGAGCACAGCACUUCACGGUGGAUCAAUCUACAGCUCCUGUUGGGCAGCCAGUGACGAAAUUCCAGGGCUUGGAUCAAGCCUGUGGAACAGCCCACUUCGUGGCUGAUUUGCCGCUGCAACCGAAUACUUUGUUCGCCGUUCCUGUUUUGGCAGAUCGUGUGGCCAUGCUCCAAAGCAUUGAUGCAAGCGAGUGCCUGGAGGUUUCAGGAGUGCACUCCUUCAUUUCCGCUGCAGAUGUCAAAGAAGUUGGUGCCUCCAAUGACCUCAGGACGGUUUAUCCCGGCAAGAUCUUCGCGGAUGCUUCAGAGAAGACGGAACACAUCGGGCAGUUUGUUGGAUUGGUCCUGGCUGAGAGCUUUGAGGCUGCAAGAGCUGGUGCCCGUCUUGUCCAUAUUGACUACAGCGAAACUUUGGAGGUGACAACCACAGUAGAUGCAGCACUCCAGAAGGGCUAUGUGCAGGAACGCCAUGGCCCCCUGAUCGUUGGACAGAAAGUCACAGGCCCCAAGACCUUACAAGGCAAAGUGGUUUCAGCUGGACAGAAGCAUUUUUACCUGGAGACCCAGACGACCUAUGCAUACCCUGACUCCACUGGAGGUCUGAUCUUCAACACUGCGUGUCAGACGUUGGAUUGGGCACAGACUCAAAUGGCCAAGACAUUGAAUAUGCCCAAGAGCAAGAUCACGGUGCAGAACCAACGCCUCGGUGGUGCCUACGGUGGCAAGGCCAUGCUCUUUGCACCAGGAUGCGGUGCCUGUGGGGUCGCGGUGCUGAAGAGCAACCGCCCAGUUCUGCUGCAGAUGGACAGGACUGCAGACUUCCAAGCCUUUGGAGCCAGAGCCCCCUUCGAUGCUUCGUGGGAACUCAGUCAUGAAGACAGCGGGAAGAUUGUGAGCAUGAAGCAGGAAGUUCUGCAGAACGUCGGCACUGACAUGCUGGGCUUUUCACAAGCGUCCAGCGUCAAUUGCUACGACAUCCCUCAUGCGCAGUUGCACUGUAAAGGAGUUAUCACAAAUCUGCCAGUAAACACUUGGAUGCGCGCACCUGGAGACUUCGAAGGAGCUUUCAUCAUGGAAACCAUCAUGGAACAGGUGGCACGAGCUGUGAGCCGCGAGCCCAUGGAGGUCCAGGAGUUGAACAUGGUCACAGGCAUGCAGAAGGCCUGGCAGCGGCUGAAGGCAAAGGUCUCUUACGAGGAGACUCUCAAAGCGGUGAAAGAUUUCAACAGCAAGAACCGAUAUCGCAAGAAAGGCAUUUAUUGUAUGGGGUCUCGCUACCAGCUGCAGCCGCACUCUUUCAUGGAAAAGUGUUUUGUUAGGGUGUACGAUGAUGGCUCCGUCCUGCUGGAACACACUGGAUUGGAGGUGGGUCAAGGCAUGGACACCAAAGCGCUGCAAGCCUUGACCAUGGGAUUGCGGAAGAUUGCGGCAGACUUCAGCAUGGAUCACAUUCAGCUUCGAAUUCCCAAGAGCACUCAGGAUUUCAGCUGGAAAGGCGUUAUGGGAACCUUCAGCAGUGUGACCUCGGAAACUGUAGUCAGUGCAAUUCUCGAUGCUUGCGACAAACUUCACAAGGAGCUGCAGAAAUUUACUGCACCUGGCCGAAGCUGGACAGAGGUCAUUCAAUUGGCAGUCAAAGGGGGCGCGCAACUAUCUCAGGCUGGUGUCACUGAUGAGGCGCAUGUGAAUAACUACAGCCUCUUCAGUGCAGGCUGUGCUCAGGUAGAGAUUGAUGUCCUGACGGGCGAGACGCAAGUGAAUUCUUUCGAUUUGGUCUAUGACUGCGGCAAAAGUUUGAAUCCUGCCGUUGACAUUGGCCAGAUCGAGGGCAGCUUGAUCCAAGCUUUGGGUUUCUCUCUUUUGGAAGAGGAAAGUCGAGGCAAAGAUGGACGCCUUAUCAACUGUGGCACCUGGGACUACAAAGUGCCCAGCGGAAGAGAUAUUCCAGUUCGUUUAGAUGUGGAGUUGCUGCCCUGCGAAAAGCCUGAUGCGCCUGUUCUGGGAUCCAAAGCCUCUGGCGAGCCCGCACAGCUACUAGGUGGCGCCUUCUUCUUUGCAGUGAAAGAUGCAAUCGGCUAUGCACGCGAAGAACAAGGGCUCUCUCGAAACUUCCGCAUGGAUCCACCAGAUCCAGACAGCCUGCAGCACGCAGCUUUGAAAUGCUCUGGCAACGUGGAUUCACCGCAGAUUCACCGCUGUCUUAACGUAGGCUGUCCAAGACGCCGAGAAGACAAGAGGCGAGCCCUGGUUGGUUGCAGCUACAAAGUGUUCAACAAACACUCCUGGCUGAUGCCAGGUGAAUACCGUGAGCAGGUUGAAGCACUGAAGAAGGAGAAGGAUGCCGUUCAGAGUGAGGCAGACAAGAUCCGCAAGGCUGCUGAGAAAGCCAAUGCAGAUGUGCAGGAGGCACGUUCAGCUUUGGAUUCAAAGGUGAAAGAGGUGGAGAGGCUGAAGGGCUCUGUGCAAAAGGCUGAACGCGAGGCUUUGGAGUGGAAAGCUGCAGCAGAGCAACGUGCACAAGAGGUGAAAGAAGUCCUCGUGGUCCAGGCGAAGAAAGACACCUCCGAACUCGUCAAGAAGAAGGAGGAAGUCACACAGGCCAAGAAGUCCACUGAUGAAGCCAUUAAGAAAUUGGAGGAUGCCAAGAAGCAGCUGGCAGAGGCUGGUGGAAAGGUCUCG